UUUUUCCCCCAAAGAUGAAAGUGACAGCUGGCCGACAUCAAAGAAAAAAGAUAGCUCGUUGUUAUUUGUCAUCGUCAUUGAUUUACCGCUUAUAAAAUAGUUUUUAACGAAAAAAUACUGUAUUUAAUGAAUCCAGUCAAUCAUAUUUAGUGAUAGAACAUAGGAUAAACGUACCGGCAUAGCCAUGUCAGAAGAAACUUACCCCAAGACACUCUAUGUGGGCAAUCUGGACUUAUCUGUGUCAGAGGACCUGUUGUGUACAUUAUUCUCGCAAAUCGGUCCGGUAAAAGGUUGUAAGAUUAUUCGGGAGCCUGGAAAUGAUCCGUAUGCUUUUGUGGAGUUUACUAAUCAUCAGUCAGCUUCUACAGCACUAAUCGCGAUGAAUAAACGGGUGUUCCUUGACAAGGAAAUGAAAGUGAAUUGGGCAACAAGUCCAGGAAAUCAACCCAAAACGGACACUUCAAAUCAUCAUCACAUAUUUGUAGGCGACCUGUCGCCUGAAAUAGAGACUGAAACAUUGAGAGAAGCCUUCGCUCCCUUUGGAGAAAUAUCUAAUUGUAGGAUCGUUAGAGACCCCCAAACUCUAAAAUCUAAGGGUUAUGCUUUUGUAUCUUUUGUAAAGAAAGCCGAAGCUGAGAAUGCUAUACAAGCAAUGAAUGGUCAAUGGCUUGGAUCGCGUUCUAUUCGAACUAAUUGGUCCACCCGCAAACCACCACCUCCUAGAACAGAAAAAGCACCCCAGAGUAAGAAACAAAUUACUUUCGAUGAAGUUUAUAAUCAAAGUUCCCCCACAAAUACUACAGUAUACUGUGGUGGCUUUGCAAGUGGACUUACCGAAGAUCUUGUCCAGAAAACGUUUGCUCCAUUUGGAGCUAUUCAAGAUAUUCGUGUUUUCAAAGACAAAGGAUAUGCCUUUAUAAAGUUUGUUACCAAGGAUAGUGCCACACAUGCAAUUGAAACUAUUCAUAAUACAGAUAUUAACGGUCAUACUGUUAAAUGUUUUUGGGGAAAAGAAAAUGGGGGCUUAGGGCCCGAAGUCAAUCCAGUCACCGCUUCUGGAGCUACGGUUUCUCCUGCCGGCCCUCCCUAUUCUUACGGAUAUGGAACUGGAUAUUGGUACCAUCAAGGUUAUAGUACUGGUUACAUGCAAGCUGGUUAUCCGUAUCAGCAACAGUAUCAAUAUCCAGCAGGACAGCAAUACUGUAUGGUGCCUCCUCAGGGACAGUGGUCGGGACCAGCCGGUCAGCAACCAAAUAUGUCCGUGAUGUACAAAUAUCCGACGCAAUGAACUAAUUUUUGAAAUAUUUAGUUUAGUGAUUUGAGACAUUAAAUUUGGAAUGAACUAACGUGCUAGUACCAUCAUAUCUUACAGCUAGAAUAUCUUGAAGACAAGGAACUAAAGUAUAUGAAACUGUAAGCUUUAUUCAUAUAUAUAUAUAUAUAUUUUUGACGCGCACAGUCUGAUUUGCUUUUUUUAUUUUGUUGACACAAUUUUUUUUAUGUUCCUAGCAUUAUUUUUCCAAUAAAUUAGUAUGACAAAUAUUUCUACACAUUUAUUCAAGUAAAAUAUUUUUAACUAUAAUUCUUUACAGUGAAAAUAUGAACAGUAGCAUGUUUUAAUAGUAUAAAUUAAAUAUUUUUCUAAUGUAUCCAAAAUUUUUAGUUUUUUCCACUGUACUAAUAUUGUAAUAUUUUGUUCGUUAUGGAAUAUUAUAGUUCCAUACGUUAUUUAUGGUCCAUUUUUUCUAUGUGAUGGUACUAAAGCAUCAGACAAGGGAAUCUAUAAAAUAUUUGCUUGUAUAAAAAGUGUAUUCCCUUGACUUGAGUGUGAUAGUUUCAAAAUUGAAGUAUUUCUAAUUAAAAAAAAAAUAUUUUUCUUUAACGUCUCAACGACAAUAGUUUAUAAUAAAUAAAUGUUACAUACAAUUUUUAUUUAUAAAAGAAUGUAUGUAAUAUUGAAACAUCAUAACCAUGAUUGAAAGUUAUACCCAACCCUUUGUAGAUUGGCGUGUAUAUUGAGCUUUUGUAGUUUUCGGUUAACUAUUAAAUAAUUCUAAUUUGUUUGUAAGAAAGAUGGAUAACUCUUUUUUCCGAAAAUAUAAUGUAUGACUGGAAGUUUGAAUUGAAAUAAUGUGCAGAAUUUUAUAACGAAAUGUAUAUUAAGCUAGUUGUUAAAUAAAAAAUAAGGUCUGGGAA